CCACUCAUGAACGAAGCGAACUCCACUGACUCCAGAUCAGAACUUUGUAGCCGAACUCCCACAGUUAUAACUCGGCCCCUUGAGCUAAAACCAAGCCAACCUGUUGAGUGUUAACAGUGUAGAAGGGUGUUGGCGCAUUACGCACGCUGGUACAUCCUGUGAGGGAGAGAUUUUGACGCUGCUGGCUGAAGUUUACGCACGGGGGUUUUCAAGGCUUAAGACUGAAAAUGUUGAAAAUGAUCACAUUGGUGUUGAUGACAAUUGUGUCACUUGUCUUUGCAGAAGAAGAAAAAGCCCAUCCUGAAGAUGCGGCAUUCACAUUUGACUAUCACGAGCUGCGUGUUGGAGGUCUGAUCCUUGCUGCUGUGCUUUGUCUCAUUGGCAUCACUAUUCUGCUCAGUGGUCACUGUAGGUGCAAGUUCAAUCAGAACAACAGAAGGAGGACAGGAAGCAAUGCACAGCAGAUGCUCAAUGACCAAGGUCGUGCUUGUGAAUGCUAAAUGUCCACAACUCCUGGCUUCACAGAACUGCAAAAGUAGCUGAUGCAUUUUUUUUUAUUUUUUACUUUUGUUAGAAGCAACCGAAAGUAAACAAGGAAGCAUAAUGCAGAGUCCUUGCUCAGACCUGCACAAUUUGUGGAAUAACAGCCCAUCAACGUGAGGGUUUCUGAGUAUAUGUCAGAAUAAGUUAUUGUCUUUUAAUGCCCCAUUUUAAUAUCACAAAAAACAUUUAACAGGCAGGCUACAUAUCUUUGGAUCAAAGCAGUUUAUUUUUAAACAAUAUAAAAAUGAAUCUGUUCUUCACAACUACUAUAAAUAAUAAUAUAUCUCGGAGCAAAAUCCAAUCGUUGUGCUUAGUUGUACUAAAAUCCACAUUAUAAAAAUCCUGCAGAAAGCCUUAAUAUAGGCAUACACUGGUUUUACCUUUAUUCAGUUUCAAGGUCUGCAAACAUCUUGUUCACAAUUGUCUAUCAAAAAUGUCUUUUACUGUAACAGAGUGAAUGCUGUUUUGUUCAAGCUUUGUUUUGGUUGAUCUCUGCAAGUGCAACUAUACCAAAAAGUAGCCAGUAUAGUCUCUAGGAAUUGUAAAUUUAAUAUAGAUGCUUAAGUUAACUCUGAACGUCUAACCCCUUCCUUGUGUGAAACUACAGUCCGUGAAAUGCUGUUGAUAAUCAAGAAUGUGCUUAAUAUGUACGGAUAGGUGUAAAGGACUGCACCGUUCAUGUUUAUAUAAAAAUUAUGUUGAAACUAA